UGGAGGACGUGACGAUGCACGCGGACGCCAUUCAUCGUGGUGGUGGCCAAAUCAUUCCCACCGCCCGCCGUGUGUUCUACGCGUGCUGCCUGACCGCUGCGCCACGCCUGAUGGAGCCGAUGUUCCAGGUCGAUAUCCAGACGGUGGAGCACGCGAUGGGCGGCAUCUACGGUGUGCUGACGCGCCGCCGCGGUGUCAUCAUCGGCGAGGAGAAUCGCCCCGGCACGCCCAUCUACAAUGUCAGGGCGUACCUCCCUGUCGCGGAGUCCUUUGGCUUCACCGCCGACCUGCGCGCCGGGACUGGCGGCCAGGCGUUCCCGCAGUGUGUGUUUGACCACUGGCAACAGUACCCGGGCGACCCGCUGGAGCCGAAGUCGCAGGCCAACACACUGACGCUGAGUGUGCGCCAGCGCAAGGGCCUGAAACCGGACAUUCCGCCGCUGGACACCUUCCUUGACAAGCUGUAG